CUCUUGGCAACUAGCUAGCCAUUAUAGCUUUAAUUCUCCACCACUCAUCACAUUCAUACAUAUCACUUUUCCUUGGCUUCAUUAUACUACUCUUUCCAAUAAUUCACAUCAUGUCUUUUUAAUCUUUUAAAAAAUCACAUGUCAUUAUUCUUUUUUCUUGUGGAUGAUCAUGUUCUUGACUUUCUUCACUUAAAUCACUUCAAAAUAUUUCACACAUUUUAAUACUACACCCCUUUUAGUAACUUAUAAAUUUAUAGAAAACAGAUACCGAAACAGAUAGAAGGUCUACCGAAACGCUCUUACUUAUAAGAGAAACAAGUUGUUCUACUACCAAUUGUGCCAUAUGGAGUUUUCUAAAGCCAUGUUCCUAACUUCAGUUACCAUAUAUUUAAGCUGGUCUUUGAUUCUCCACACUUGUUGUAGUGAAAAAAGCUUGAAUUAUUCCUCAAAACCAAGCUAUGAUAAUGUUUUGAGGGACAAGAUUGUGGGGUUGGCUAAGGACCCGAAAAAGGUUAAAUGGAUGAGCAACAUAAGGAGAAGAAUUCAUGAGAACCCAGAACUUGCUUAUGAAGAGUUUCAAACUAGUGAGCUAAUUAGGCAUGAGCUUGACUUACUUGGCAUACCGUACCGAUGGCCCGUGGCUCGAACCGGUGUGGUUGCGACUAUUGGGUCCGGUUCUCCGCCCUUUGUUGCUCUAAGGGCGGACAUGGAUGCCUUGCCUAUUCAGGAAUUGGUUGAAUGGAAGCACAAAAGCAAAAAUGAUGGGAAAAUGCAUGCUUGUGGCCAUGAUGCUCAUGUGACCAUGCUCCUUGGUGCUGCAAAGAUACUUAAACAGCUUGAAGAUGUUUUACAGGGGACAGUAAUUCUUCUAUUCCAACCCGCAGAAGAACGCGGUGUGGGUGCCAAGGAGAUGAUAAAAGAAGGGGCAUUAGAUAAAGUAGAGGCCAUCUUUGGCAUACACAUAUCAACUGUCUUCCCCACGGGCUUUGCUGCGGCAAGGCCCAAAGAGUUUCUAGCCGGUUGCGGUAGCUUCAAAGCGAAAAUAAGCGGUAAAGGCGGUCACGCCGCGAUUCCACAACAAUCUAUUGAUCCAAUUUUGGCAGCUUCAACUUCAGUAAUUAGUUUGCAAAGCAUAGUCUCUAGAGAGACAGACCCUUUAGAUUCACAGGUGGUAUCUGUGGCUAUGAUUCAAGCUGGGACAACCUUUAAUGUUAUCCCUGACUCAGCUACAAUUGCUGGUACAUUUAGAGCUUUCAGCAAAAAAAACUUCAAUGCUUUGAGGGAAAGAAUUGAAGAGGUGAUCAAGGGUCAAGCAGCUGUACAUCGAUGCUCUGUGGAGAUUGAUUUCGAUGAAGAGGGACAAAUUAGUAUUCCACCAACUGUAAAUGAUAAGAUAAUUUAUGAACAUGUGAAGAGAAUUUCAAGUGAAAUUGUGGGACAACACAACACAAUUCUCUCCCAAACCUUUAUGGGAAGUGAAGAUUUUGCUUUCUACUUGGAAAAAGUGGCUGGCUCUUUCUUGUUGUUAGGUAUUAAAAAUGACAAAAUUGGAGCUAUUUACUUACCACAUAGCCCAUAUUUUAUUGUAGAUGAGGAUGUGCUUCCCAUUGGGGCAUCAAUCCAUGCAGCUUUCGCUAUUUCAUACCUCUCUGAUUCAACCGCCAAGUUAUAUUCACAUUACUAGUAAUAAAAUAUAAUUUAGAGACAAAUUUUUUCGAUUGUUAUACUUUAAUACUCUUUUUUUAUUCGGUAAUAAUACAAAAAGUUAAUAUUUUGUUA